AUGUCUCGAACAUUGCUGGCUCAGCGGCUUCAGGGUUUGGAAGAUGAGUUGCAGGAUGCCUUCCACCGAGUUCAAGAUCGGGUAAAAGUCUUACGUCAAGACUUGGUUGAAGACAUGACUGCAGAGAUGGGGACGGUGGAAGAAGAUGCCACGCAGGUUUCCGACUGUUUGCCAAAUCAGCUGGAAGACUGGCUGCUCAAAGAGGAUGUUUUGUCCAUACCCAACGAGGAGCCAAGCACACUCUCCGGCGAUGCGCUUCAUCUCUCAGCCGAGAUGUUGAGCGGAAAUGCUCGUUCAUAUUUGCGCUUAAACUCUCACCUCAUGGAACUUUCAAUGCGGGCGGCUGAAAGCGUAACUGUUUUCCGAAAAGAACGGAUGAGCACUCUCAGUGUAUCGCCUACCGCCACCGUCAGUCCACGGACAAAGAAAAUCCGGAAUGUUGCCGCUCAGCUCAGCACAGAGCUGGAAAAGUGCGAGUCCAUUUUCAAAGUUUUCCCGCCGAAUUCAACUUUUCGGCUGAUCUGGGAUUUUUGCGGUAUUUCCUUCAUCGUGCUUGAUGCAUUCCUUCUACCUCUGUGUAUAGCAUGGGGGUGGGAGAUCUCACCCAUGCCACCUUCUUCGAUGACCUUCAACAGCCAAUUGUUUCAGCUGUUCGCUAUCGUUUCUUUGGUAUUUUGGCCAUUGGACAUCUUGGUGAACUUCAACACGGCAUUUUAUACUCAAGGCCGUGUAGAGACUCGCCGGUGGCAGAUUGCUAAACGCUAUGCUGCUACGUGGCUUGCCUUCGAUAUUUGCGUCGUGACGAUUGACUACCUCGCCGGCUUGUUGGCGCAGGCAACGGAGGAGCAAGCCACGGGUUUCUUGCAGCCGUUGCGAUCUGCUCGGUAUCUGCGGAUCAUGCGUACAGUUCGCAUUCUGAGGAUCGUGAAAGCAGGAAAAAUCAAUGUGCUUCUCGAAAACUUAGUCAUAUCGUUGGGACGGCAAUGGCUCAUUCUGUCAUUCACUGUGGGGAAGAUGCUUCUGGUCAUUGGUGCAGUCGCGCAUAUUCUUGCAUGCAUUUGGUAUGCACUGGGUGAUACGAUAUCAAAGGAAAGGGACAGCUGGUUGCAAAUCGCCCAAGUCGGAGAUGCACCUUUCCAGACGCAAUACAUUCACUCGCUGUCGUGGAUUCUUCUUACACCUUCUCCUGCACCACUGGUGCUGGUGCUUUUCGUGACGACAGUGCUGGUCAUUGGUUCAGCCUUGUCUAUUCUCACCGGCACGCUCAACGAGAUCCGCCAGGUGAACAGCGAACGCAGCAAAAAGCGCCGAGAACUGCGGAUAUUUUUGCAGAAUCGCUUGGUGCCUACCGAGCUGCUCAUGAGAAUUAUGAGUUAUGCAGACUAUAAGAUGACUCGCCACUCGCCCAUUGCUUACGACACCACAUUGAUAUCGCCAAUGCUCGAAGCAGAACUGGCCACCUCCCAAUUCGGCUCUGUCCUGACAAGCCAUCCGUUGCUUGGGUUCAUCUCUUCCAUGUACCCCUCCGUCUUUGCAGAAUGCUGCCGAGCUUUGCACAAGCUUUUCUUCUGCGAGGGAGAGGCCGUGUUUGACGAGGGCUCAAUGGCAGAGAAGAUGUACAUUACCAGCCACGGCAAAUUUAAGCUCACUGCCGAUUCACUGCAAAAUGACGACGUGACCUUCGAUGACGACAGUCAAUACUUUGCCGAGAUCUCCUUGUAUGUUGAGGCGGUGAUGCACGGAUACAGUCUAAGCACCGAUUCUUUCUCAGAAGUGUUUUGUCUGAGCCCUGCCGACUUUGCAAAAGUGUUGGUCCAUUCACCCAUCUGCUGCACGAUGGUGAUUGAGUACGCCAACGAGUUCAUCACCCGUUAUUCCACCGGCCCAUCAUCUACUCAGAUCAGUGUUUGGCACCAGGUCGAGCGGGAACAAGAGUGUGCCAAAGGCGCUUGUGAGUGUAACUCCUUCUACUUGGAGGAGCACGUGGACCACCGGCUGGACCUGGAAACUCUGGAUUUGAUAGCGUGUUCCUUGCUCGUUUCCAUUCCAGCAUACUCAGCCACAGCUGUCGCCGGAUUCGUGUCGCCUCCAGGCGAAACCGAUUCUCAGCAGUCGGGUUUGCCCGAGCCUGCGGCGCAGCUGCAGGGAGGAGUGCACGACGGAGUUGGCUUGACCUGCAUGGACUUCGUCGCGUCGGUGGUUCGGAGCCAAGAGACGAUCGAGGACACGCUCGCGAGUUUGCGCGAGGCCUUCGUAGAGCUGGACCCCGAAUACGGUCUGCAUGCAAGGUUCUCCGACACGAAGGAGCAGGAGCGUGCUGAGUCUGCCAUUCUGAGUCUCAUCGCCAUCGUGCGGGGCGAUUACAGGAUGUAUACAGCAGCGCAGCCAGAGCAAAGGCGCCUCACCGAGUCUCAGUGGCAACACAUACAGGAGCUGUUCGCAUGGACUGCUCCCAACGACGAGAAGCUCCUGGCCGUGAUCUUCCUCUUGGCGGUAAAGGGGGCAACUAAAUACAGGUCCCUCACGCGGCAGCUUCCGGCGGGCUUGCAGCGCCAGGAGAAGGCGAUGAAUUUCAUCCUUGAUACCUUCCCAUCAGCAGUUCCAUCAGCCGCCAGCUUGGGCAGCAACGUGAAGAAGUUGGUUCGAAACCUCUUGAGGAUGCAAGGUACCUUCAGCUUUGCCCAGAUGUUGCAGGGUGAAAACGUGCCGGCCAACAUUCGCGAUCUGAAAGAAGCCAUCCAACCGCGUGGAGGUGAAGAGUUGCUGAAAUUCUAUGUGCUAUAUUUGCUUGGCUUCAUGAGUGGCAUCGCAGGUGGCAAGGGGUCACGUUUCAUGACGCAGGGAAAUGCAAGGACCACGCUUUUGGGCCUGUCAACCCUCCAGCACAUCCUUGAACAAGAUCCGGCUCCUUUGUAUUGGACCUACAUUCACUACCGCGGCUUGGAGCUCGGGCGGCGUGCGAAGACCCCCGCAGACCUUGCUCUCCUUCGGCUUGCCUGCAAUUGCCGGGUGCAGACCUCAAAGGAUCUCGAAGCCUUGCAAAAUGCUUGGGAUUUUCUUACCGGCCCCGAGCAGCAAGAGUUGACCAAGAACUUGCUUGCGGACGGCAUCGCAACACGGGCAGUGGUGUGCGAGUUCCUUCCGUUGUGUUUGGAGCGAGCUUGCUCCAAUCCGUUCGUCAAAGUCUCUGCGCUCCUGCAGGUCCUCGUCGAGCUACUUAAGGCAGUCCAUGCAGCUGCGGAGCAGGGAGACUUCAUCGUCACAGUGGACCUAGCAGACCUGGCAGCCUUCAUUCUCAUGGUUCGCAACAGCUAUGUCUUUGAGACUUGCCUGGCGCGUGCCACGCUCACGAUGCGGGAAGAAAGAUUUUAUGUGGAUGUCUCACAGAAUAAUUGGCGAAGAGUGAGCGAGCCUGCCACGGACGUGGUCUUGCUCGCCUCAUCUGUCCGUGAGCUCGUGCACAAGUCGAGGAAGGCAGAUGAUGCGAAUCUGACGGCUGAACAGAAAGUUUUGGUGCAGUGCCACCUCUAG